GUGGAGACAGCGGCAAGAUUGUUGCUGCCAUGGAUCUUUUAUGGAGUUCCCCGAGUGUCUUUUCGCCGUACAGGCUACCAGAGCCUUCACCUUCCCAUCCAGUUUCACAGCCAAGGAGGGAGAGAGGCAAAGGAGAGAGCAAGGCUAGGCUGCUCUGUUUGGCUUGUGGAGUUGCCCUUCCGAGAAGCACGCGCUCUCGCAGUUCACGGCAACGACGGCAACGAUUCCGCACAUGCAUGCUGGCAGAUUGGACGAGGCGAGACCAGCUUUUGGCCAUUGAGGAUGAGGUGCAGCAGCUAUGGGAGAAGGAGAAAGCAUUUGAGGCGGACGCUGACGAUACGUCUCAAGAGAAGUACUUUGUGACUUUUCCCUUCCCUUACAUGAACGGAAAGCUGCACCUGGGACAUGCCUUUUCUCUGACGAAGGCAGAGUUUGCCGCCAGGUUUGCCCGGCUCUGCGGCAAGAAGGUGCUGUUCCCCUUCGGCUUCCACGGCACCGGGAUGCCCAUCGCCGCCGCGGCCCUGAAGCUCCGGGACUGCCUCAAGCGAAAGCGAAACGCAAGCGGCGCAAGCGGAGCCAGCGGAGCAAGCGGCGCAAGCGGAGACGGGGAGGAGUCAAGUGACGCGAAGGAGUCCAAGGCCAAGUCGAAGAAGUCCAAAGUCCUGGCAAAGACCGGUGGCCUCGACCAGUACGAGAUCAUGGUGGCGCUGGGGAUCCCAGAGGAGGAGAUUCCAAAGUUCACGAAUCCCCAGUACUGGCUCGAGUACUUCCCCCCGCUGGCCGUCCAGGAUUUGAAGCGCUUCGGAGCAGCUGUGGACUGGCGCCGUUCCUUUGUCACCACGGAUCUGAAUCCCUGCUUUGAUGCCUUUGUAAGAUGGCAUUUUCAAAAGCUCAGGGCGAAGUAUUUGGCCAACGGGAAGCGCCAGACCAUCUUCUCUAUCACCACUCAGCAGCCCUGCGCAGAUCACGACAGGGCCGAGGGGGAGGGAGUGAACCCGCAGGAGUACACCCUCAUUAAGCUCCGUGUCCAGGAGGUUCCGGAGGCCUGGUCUGAGACCUUGAAGCAAGAUGGGAAGCUCGGGGAUGUCUAUCUUGUGGCGGCGACGCUUCGCCCAGAAACCAUGUAUGGACAGACAAAUUGCUUUGUUCUGCCAGAAGGUGAGUACGGCUUCUUCCGCAUGCGGGAUGGCAGCAUUUUUGUUUGCAGCAAGCGCUCAGCUUUGAACAUGCUCUACCAAGACUUGAUGGACAAGGAGGAGCAAGAACCCACCUGCCUCAUGACAAUGACCGGACAGGAUUUGGUUGGCCUGCCUUUGGAUGCUCCGCUGUGUCUCUAUGACACAAUCUACGUCCUUCCCAUGUUUACAAUCUCCAUGUCCAAGGGCACAGGGGUCGUCACGAGCGUUCCCGCGGAGGCUCCCGAUGACUAUGUUUGCCUCAGGGACUGGCAAAGCCGCGCCAACUGGCGUGAGCAAUAUGGUGUGAAAGAGGAGUGGUGCCAGCCCUUCGAUGUGGUUGACAUCCUCUCCUUUCAAGGCGAAGGCGAAGGCGAACCCUCGGCGCCUGCGAUUUGUGAGAAGAUGAAGAUCGGAUCGCACCGCGAAAAGGACAAGCUGGCAGCGGCCAAGAAGGAAGUGUACCAGAAGGGCUUCUACUCGGGCGUGAUGAAGCGGGGUCCCUACAAGGGCCAGCCGGUGUCUGAGAUCAAGACGCAGAUCCGCCAGGACUUGAUGGACCAAGGCUUGGCCGUUCCAUACUUCGAGCCCGAGAGCCAGGUGCUGGCGCGGUCGGGCGACGAGUGCGUCGUGGCGCUGUGCGACCAGUGGUACCUGAAGUACAGCGACGCGGCCUGGACUCGGCGCGUCCAGAAGCACCUGGAGGACCUGGAGGCGUACACCGAGGCCGCAGGCAACGCCCUGAGCCAUGCCGUCGGCUGGCUCGGCGACUGGGCCUGCUCCAGGACCUUCGGCUUGGGCACCAAGCUGCCCUGGGACGAGAAGUGGCUCAUCGAGAGCCUUAGCGACUCCACCAUCUACAUGGCCUUCUACACCGUGGCCCACCUGGUGGAGGAUGCGAGCGAGCUUUCGGAGGAGGUCUUGGACUACGUGUUUUGCCUCUCGGAGACGAUGCCCGAGUCCCACAUUCCCAAAGAGCGGUUGGUGAAGAUGAGGCAGGAGUUCGAGUAUUGGUAUCCAGUGGACUUAAGAUGCUCUGGAAAGGACUUGAUCCAAAAUCACUUGACCAUGUGCCUCUUCAACCAUGCUGCAGUGUGGGAGGACGCAAAUAUGUGGCCCAAGGCUUUCUACUGCAACGGUCAUGUGAUGGUUGACGCUGAAAAGAUGUCUAAGUCCAAAGGCAACUUUCUCACGCUGGAGGAUGCUAUUGCGACCUACUCAGCAGAUGCAACCCGCAUUGCCUGUGCAGACAGCGGCGACGGUUUGCAAGACGCGAACUUCUCCACCGAGUCGUGUGGAAAGUCCAUUCUGCGCCUCACGAACCUGCAAGCCUGGGCUCAAGAUACCAUGGAGAAGCUACCCGAGCUGCGGCGCGGCGAGCUCACUUUCCUUGACAAUAUCUUCAACAACGAAAUCAGCAUUUGUGUGGAGAAUGCUCGCGAGGCCUAUUCCAAGAUGAUGUUCAGCGAUGCAUUGCGCUCUGUUUGGUAUGACAUGGAAAACCUUAGAUCACAGUACAGCAUCCUUGCCAAUGGGGAUGUGCAUGCUGAGGUAAUCCAGCGUCUUCUGGAGACACAGACCAUUGCGCUGUCUCCGAUAGCGCCACACUUUUGCGAGCACUUGUGGCGGAAUGUCCUGGCAAGGAACUCUUUGGUAGUGCAGCAAGCGUGGCCCACACUGGAAAAACCAGUGGACCCCUUUCUUGCCAGACAAUAUGUCCUGAUUCAGAGCUCACUGCGGUCGUUCAGGCUGCAACUGGAAAAGUUCAAGGCGCCUAAGAAGAAGUCAAAGCAGCCGCCAGCUAUCCCGACACAUGCCACUAUCUUUGUGGCCAAGCAGUACCAGUCGUGGCAAGUCGAGGUGCUGAAGGUCCUGCAAAAGAUUGAGCUUGAUGAGAACAACGAGCCUGUUGACAAGAAUUUCAUGGGGCGCCUGCGCGAAGCGGAGACCAUAAAACGCUUUUCCAAGCAAGAGCUGAAGCAGGCGAUGCCGUUUGCUUCCUACAUGAUGAAGCAGGAAGUGAAGCCCAGGGGAGCCGAGGCACUAGAGUUGGAGCUGCCUUUUGACGAGGCGGCGAUGCUGUCGGAGCUGCGGCCAGCGAUCGAGCGGCAGCUGGGCGUGGCGCUGCGCGUGGCCGGGGCCGAGGAAAUCGGAAAACGCGGAGAGGCGAAGGCGCAGCCCGGGAAGCCGCAGAUCGUCUUCGAGGCGGCCUGACAGCCUCACGGCCUCACGGCCUUUCGGCCUGACGGCCUGACGGCGCGCCGGAUCUCGCAGAUUUUCUCCUUCGCGGACAGUCCGCCCCAGACC